AUGGCGCCCACGCCUGUAGAUCUUGCUGCUGCUUUCAAGCUUUGGUUGAAGGCUGCAGACUCUAGGCAAUCCAGCGAGAAAUGGGGCCGUGUCCAGCGAACUGCUUGGAUUGCUGCCCGCAGAUGCAUUGAAGGAAAGGAUUCCAACUUGCUGCCGCUGGUGCAAUUUCUCUUCACAGAUUUGGAUCCGGCUGUAGUGCCACUAGAGGUGACAAGGGACAAGGUCACAGACUAUUUGGUGAAGAUCCUGAAGAUGCCAUGCGUGCAAUGGCUUGAGAGUUGUGAGCAGUUGGGCAUCGUGAUUCUGACUACAUACUUUCGAUCUCCUGACUUUGCUGAGUAUGUGUUUCAAGCCUUUUCUCAGCAGCGGCUUUCUUUGCUUGCAGUUUUCCACCAAUUCUUCCGAGACACACAAGGUGUAGGGCAGCGAAAGGCUUACAUGCCAACCAGGGUCAUCUCCAAGCAUGGCCGCCAACUGCGGCCAAAUCGUGAUCUGGGAAAGCUGCGCCUUGCAGGGGCGUUGGGCUUGUGUGGCCAAUUUCUGGAUGGCACGCUAGAUGUCCUGUUCGUGAAUGACAGCAAGAAGUCAUGGCUUGUGGAUCCAGACUUGCUCCUUGGCAUUAGCGUCUUUCAUUGGGCCAUUGUUUUGGGCCGUAAUGCUUCAAGGUUGGACAUGAUUGAAUGCAGCUCAUCAAAGCUCAUGGGCACGCAUUUCCUGCAGACUUUGGAGGCCCUGGGGCGUUUGGCGCGAGCCAGCCAGGAUGCAGCUCCCAAUGGAAUCACAGCUAAACACAUCAGCCAGCAAGAGCAGCAUGCCUUCUAG